AUGUACUUUGAAGAAAGAGAGUUAACCAAGGAUUACACAGUAGUGAAGAAGACAUCCGCAGAUGGAGGCACAAGCAGGAAUACCUCGGAGGGAGAUCUCAUCUUGUCUCCACAUUUUGAAACAGAAGAUAACAUCACACAGGAUUCUCCAGGAGACAACUCCAUCACAGUAACUCUGCACCCAGUACCACACAGCGCAGAUAUAUCAUCUGAUCCCUCUGAUUGUGAGAACGGUUCCUCUGAUACCUCCAAUAUUGCCACACACAGUGCAGCUCACAGAAGUGAUAAACUCUUUAUCUGUUCUGAGUGUGGGAAAUGUUUCACAAGGAAUCCAAGUCUUGUUUUACAUGAGAGAAUUCACACAGGCGAGAGACCAUUUACGUGCUCUGAGUGUGGGAAAUGUUUUACACAUAAAUCAGAUCUUUUUAGACAUGACAGAAGUCACACAGGUGAGAAGCCAUUUCCAUGUUCUGAGUGUGGGAAAUGUUUUACACAGAAGUCACAUCUUGUUUUACAUGAGAGAAGUCACACAGGUGAGAAGCCAUUUCCAUGCUCUGAGUGUGGGAAAUGUUUUACACAGAAAAUAGACCUUGUCACACAUCAGAGAAGUCACACAGGGGAGAAACCAUUUCCAUGCUCUAAGUGUGGUAAAUGUUUUACACACAAAUCACAUCUUGCUAGACAUCAGAGAAUUCACACAGGUGAGAAGCCAUUUUCCUGCUCUGAGUGUGGGAAAUGUUUUACAGAGAGAUCAAUUCUUGUUACACAUCAGAGAAGUCAUACAGGUGAGAAAUCAUUUCCAUGUUCUGAAUGUGGGAAAUGGUAUACCCGGAAUUCACAUCUUGUUAGACAUCAGAGAAGUCACACAGGUGAGAGACCAUUUUCAUGUUCUGAGUGUGGGAAAUGUUUUACAGAGAAAUCAGUUCUGGUUAUGCAUGAGAGGUGUCACACAGGUAAAAGACCAUUUCCGUGUUCGGAGUGUGGGAAAUGUUUUACACGGAAAUCAGUUCUAGUUAAACAUCAGAGACGUCACACAAGUGAGAGACCAUUUUCAUGUUCUGAGUGUGGGAAAUGUUUUUUACGGAAAUCACAUCUUCAUGGACAUCAAAAAAUACAUAAAAGAAGAUGAGCUGAAAG